AAAAAUUGGUUUCGAUUCUGACACUGCUGAACUUUGGGAGCAAAAACUAUAGUUUCUGCCCCAAGUAUGAAUAUAGAUGAUGAUGAAUCCAUUGCAUUACAAAUGAACCUUGAGGCUGAUGCAAGACUACAGAAUCGGCAGAUAGAAGUGUUGGAACAUAGACGAUUUGAUGCUGCUUUAGAACAAGACUUAGAUUCAGAAAAUGUUGUAGUUGAUGAUGAUGAUGCCCUGGUAGAAGAAGCAGAAGAUGGUAUGGUAAAUCAUGCAAUAGCUCUGAGCCUCCAAGACAACGGAACAACUGAUGAAGACCUUGAUGCUGUACUCGCACUAAGCCUUCAAGAGGAAGAAACCAUUGAUGUUUCAAAAUUUGAUCAUGAUUAUAUGGUCCUACAAGAAAGCAUAAUUCAAAAUUUAAAUAGAAAAAGACCUCGCCUACAAGAUACCCCAGCCAUGUCUACCACACCAGCAUAUACAACUCUAGAUGAGAGUGAUGAUGAGAAACAGUCUGUUGAGAGUGAUAUUGAAGACAGAGAUUGUGUCAUUGAAGAUGCCCCAGUCAUAUGUACCACACCAGCAUAUACAACCUUAGAUGAGAGUGAUGAUGAUAAACAAUCUGAUGAGAGUGACAUCGAAGACAGAGAUAGUGAUGGUAACUCUGUACAAAGUGAGAUUGAAGAUAGGGACAGUGACGAUAACAGCUCAGUAUAUGAUAGUGAUCAAGAUUUUGACCAUUACCGAUCUGAAAGUUCUGUAUCCAGAGAUUCAGAUGCUGAUUCAGUGAACUCUGAUGAGAUAUAUGCUGGAGCUGAAUCUGACAAUGAGAAUAAAGAAACAGAAAAUGAUUCUGAUGAUGCCGAAGUUGCUUUGGCAAUAGGUGGGGCUGCCAUAGCAACUGGCUUCAUGAAAACAGUUCGCUUAGAUAACAUUAUGAAACCUGUCCCAUUUAAUAAAUAUGGUUUCCAUGGCAAUUCGACAAUUGAUAAAAAUUUUCGUGGGAAGUACAAACUAAUUGAUAUUGGAUGUGAAAGAAACUCUAAGGAGGAAUAUGAUAAAGUCAGGUUGGAGUUUGAGCAAUUCCCAUUCACAGUGAAGACAAUUGAAAGGUUGCAGAAUAUAACAAGUGCAAAAGACUAUUUAUAUGAAAGGGCGAAGAUGAUCAAUGAUGGCCAUAGUGAUGAUUCAGUGAGGGAGGUGUAUUUGUACCAUGGUACCUCAGCUGAGAAGAGUGUCCUCUGUGAGGAGGGCCUUGACUCAAGACUAAGCAGAAAAGGACAUUUUGGCAAAAAUGGAAUAUAUUUCAGUGAUGAUCCAUCAAAAUGUGCCAGCUAUUCCAAGAAAGGAAAAAAGAAGAAGAGAAAAGUGGAAUAUAUGUUGAAGUGUAGGGUACUGCUUGGUGAUGUUAAGGAGUACAAACCUGGUCAGAAGGACUUAAAAUUGAAACGUGAACCGCAAAAAGAAAAUGUUAAAGAUGGUGGGAGAAAGUAUUAUGACUCUGUAAAGGGAAAACCAAAGGACUUCAAUGAGUUUGUGAUCUACAACAGUAGGCGAGCACUUAUAGACUAUGUCAUAACUUACACAAAAGGCAGUCAAUCCUCUAAAAAACAGAAUGCACCUAGCAGCACUGUCACCCAACAUGGCUCCCAGGCUAUGGCCGCCAGCCCACAAAACGACAUCUUAUAUAGUGAUGAUGAUGCAGACACCCAAGCAAACCUGCAGAUAAACCCAGCUGUGAAGGAUUGGAUGCUUUCCACAAUAAGGUUGCCCAAGGUGGAUAGUCAAACUAAGACCCCAGAUAUAACUCCUCAGGAUGGAGCAAGAAGUAUUGACACUUCCCCACCUCCAGUUGUGACACCUCAGCCAGGUGUGACACCACCCAAGCCUGUUAGAAGAUCACCAAUAAUAUUUCAAACAGAGGAAGACAGGCAUGCUAUAGAAUGUGUACGUGCAUUACUGAUAUCUGAGUUCUGUGAGAAGACUGGAGUUCUCUACCACAUAGGAAGACAGUACAUAAACAAGGCCAACAUGGACCUUGACAAAGCCCUCGAGAUCUUUGUGAAAGAUAGAACAAAAUAACUACUCAAGAAUAUUAUUUCAGAGUCACCAGUUGUGAUGACACAGGAAGAUAGGUUGGCCAUAGAAAAAGUGCGUGCAUGCCAAAUAGCUGAUUUCUGCAAGAUAACUGGGGUGGUUAAUUCAUCAAUAGCAAGACAUUAUGUCAAUCAGGCAGAUAUGGACCUUGAUGUUGCACUCAAUAUGUACUAUAC